AUGUCAACUAAUCAAGCUAAAAUAAAGAGAUCAGAAACUGCUGAUAAUCUUGAUCAUAUAUCAAGAAUUAAUACAUUUAGACAAUUCCUAGAUAUAAAUAAUGAUUAUGCUUCAUCAGAAUCAUCAGAGGAAGAUAAUAAAUCAGAUACUACCCUUGAAUCGAUCACCAAAGAAGAAGUAGAAAACAAUAACUUAGAGCAAGAAUUAAAACAACGUAAGAAAGUCACUACAACUAAAACUACUACAACCAAAGGACCUGAAGGUAUAAUCACAUUAGAUCGACUAGUUACACGUGUUUCCAAAUUAGAAAAAUCCCGAAUUAAUAAAAAACCCAGUUCCAAGGCUAAAUAUGUAUCACGAUUUGGUGAUAUUAAAUUCAAAACAAAAUCAACCACAAUCUUUGAUUCAGAAUCAUUUAAACAAGGUCAAUUUUUUGGAUUUUAUAUUUUAUUUUGGUUAGCAACUGCAUUUUUCAUGUUUAAUAAUUUUGUUCAUACAUAUUUUGAAAAUGAAUUAUCAAUACUUGAAUGGCCAAUUGUUCAAAUCUUACUUAGAGAUGUUAUAAAAGUUGGAUUAAUUGAUUUGGCAAUGUAUUUAUCUUCAUAUUUCCCCUUGCUUGUUCAAUUGGGGUGUAAAUAUAAUAUAAUCACUUGGAAUAAUUCCGGAUGGUUAUUACAGGGUGUUUAUGAUGGGGUUUUUAUAUUCUUUUGGAUUUGGAUCGCUUCGAAUCAUGUGAUGGAUUUCCCUUGGAUUGCAAAAGUUUACUUAUUAUUGCACAGUCUUGUAAUGGUUAUGAAAAUGCAUUCAUAUGGAUUUUAUAAUGGAUAUUUAUGGGCAAUUUAUAAUGAAGCUUUAUUUGCAGAAAAUUAUCAAGACAGAUUAUCAAAGGGACAGCCUUUACCUAAUGGUUUCAAACAUGAAGAUACCACGAAAUUGUUACAGAAUAGUAUUGAAUUUUGUAAAUAUGAAUUAGAAUGUCAAACUAAAAUCAAUAGUGAUAAUUUCGAAGAAUUUGAUCAAAAGUCAGCUUCUGAUCAUAUGAAUUUAUCAAUUAAAGAAUUACAACAACAAGGUCAUAUUAAUUUCCCCAAUAAUAUCAAUCUAUUCAAUUAUUUUGAAUAUUCAAUGUUUCCCACUGUUGUAUAUACAUUAAAUUAUCCCCGUACUGAAAAGAUUAAUUGGUAUCUUGUCUUUGAUAAAGUAUGUGCAAUCUUUGGGAUCAUAUUCUUAAUGAUCUAUAUUGCUCAAUGGAGUAUGUAUCCAUUAUUCGAAGAAGCUUUAAUUGCUCGUGAAUUACCAAUAGCUGAAAGAAUCCCUCAAUUUUUUUAUAUCCUAUUCGAUAUGAUGUUACCAUUCCUCAUGAUAUACAUGUUUACAUUCUAUCUUAUUUGGGAUUCAAUCUUAUCGGCAAUUGCCGAACUCAGCAUGUUUGCCGAUCGAGAAUUUUAUGGACCUUGGUGGAAUUGUAGUGAUUUUUCCGAAUUUGCAAGAUUAUGGAAUAUCCCCGUGCAUAAAUUCUUGCUUAGGCACGUUUAUCAUUCAAGUAUUAGUGCUUUAACGAUGAAUAAACAUCAAGCAACGUUGUUUACCUUUGUUUUAUCAAGUUUGGUCCAUGAAUUGGUAAUGUAUGUCAUAUUUGGAAAUUUAAGAGGAUAUUUAUUAUUAUUACAAAUGAGUCAAAUUCCUUUGGUUAUGCUUUGUAGAUCGAAAAUGCUUAGAGGAAAGAAAAUUUUUGGCAAUGUUCUUUGUUGGACUGGAUUCAUACUUGGUCCAAGUGUUAUCCUUAUAUCGUAUUUGUUGUUUUAA